UCAAGCGACUCAGCGAGAGCGCAAGAAAUUUUGUUGUGAAGAAGAUUUUUAUGUUGCAAAAGCAGCAGGAAAUUCAAUUGAAAUAUCCCCAUUUUUUCGCAUUUGGCGGCACAGGAAGUACUAGUGGGAAGUGCAUAAAGGGGUUAGUGAGUGGUGAUGGUGGUUAAAUCCGCAAAAGUGAGGGCGGAAAACUGAGAAUUGGAAGCUGAAGAAAAAUCAACGCACGAAGUGAUGGUGUUAGAGAAAUAUUUCUGAGAGUGAAUCUUCUGUGAUAAACCGAUAGCGUGUGAAUUUAUUUAUAAUCGACGUUAACAAAGUCAAUUGGCGGCACACAAUCCGAUAGAUAUCAAUUGGGAAACGAUGGUCUCACAGUUCACGAAAUCACUUCGCGGCGCUAUUGUUCUUUUCUUGCUGCUUCUCAUAAAUGUCGCCCGCCCGGAAGUUUUCACAGCACUGGUGGAGAUGGAGGAACUGCUAGAGACGGAAGCUGUUCUCAUCACAAAUUUGGAGGAAUACAUAAAGGCACAGGAGGAGAAAAUACAGUUCCUAAAAAAAAAAGCUGCAGAAUACCAAAGUGAGCACAACGAAGCAGCGGCAGAUAUUACUGGAUACCUAUCAAAUCCAAUAAAUGCAUUUCUGCUUACUAAGAGACUAACAACGGAUUGGAAGGAGGUUGAAAAUGUGAUGCUUUACGAUGUUGGAUCGACAUAUUUGGAAAAUGUCACAAACUAUAGAAAUAUUCUACCAUUCCCCACGGAAGAGGAUCUCAAUGGAGCUGCUGUGGCACUCAUGAGGUUGCAGGAUACCUACAAACUUGAUACAGCAAGUGUGGCUCGUGGGGAGCUAAAUGGGAUUCAGUACACCUCCGAAAUGUCCGUGGGUGAUUGCUUUGAAUUGGGACGCCAAUCCUACAUUAAUGGUGAUCAUUAUCACACGGUUUUGUGGAUGCGAGAAGCAAUGGAUCGUCUUCUAAGAAGUGAGAAUAAAACAUCAACUACAAAAGCUGACAUUUUGGAGUACUUGGCCUUCUCAACCUACAAACAAGGUAACAUUGAUUCGGCACUCACCAUGACGAACGAGCUGCUGGAACUGAAGCCAAAUCACGAACGAGCAAUUGGAAAUAAGCAGUACUAUGAAAAAGAGCUGGCAAUGCAGAAAAUGGAUCGAAAACUUCGUGGUGAUGAUGGGUCUGAAGACCUUAAUAUGGAUUUUGAGCAAAUUCGCACGGUGAGUGAUCCGUCGAAAUUUGAUCUUCCUGAGCGGCGGCUGUAUGAGAUGCUGUGCCGUGGUGAAAUUCAACCACUACCCAUCCAAUUGGCACCCCUAAGGUGUCGCUAUGCAACAAAUAACAGAGCCUUCCUGAAGAUUGCGCCCCUUAAACUAGAAGAAGCUAGUCUCUCACCUUACAUCGUCAUCUACCACGAUGUUAUGUCAGAUGAAGAAAUUGAAGUUAUAAAGAAGUGGCAAAACCACGGGUCAGCAUUGUUUCGUCGGGCAACAGUGCAAAAUCACAAAACAGGUGAGUUGGAAAUUGCUCACUAUCGGAUUAGCAAAUCGGCAUGGCUCAAAGAUGAGGAUCAUGAAUUUGUGAAGCGCAUCGGGCGGCGAGUUGAAGACAUGGCUGGACUCACAGUGGAGACGGCAGAAGAGUUGCAGGUCGUAAAUUACGGCAUUGGGGGUCACUAUGAGCCUCAUUUUGAUUUUGCUCGCAAGGAAGAAACGAAUGCAUUUAAGAGUCUCGGUACGGGGAAUCGCAUUGCAACAGUAUUAUUUUACAUGAGCGAUGUGACCCAAGGAGGAGCGACAGUUUUCCCAUCAAUUCGAACGGCACUGUGGCCCAAGAAGGGAACUGCUGCCUUCUGGCACAACCUAUUUACAUCUGGGGAAGGAGAUUACCAAACACGCCAUGCUGCAUGCCCCGUCCUAGCGGGUACAAAAUGGGUGAGUAACAAAUGGCUCCACGAGAGGGGACAGGAACAACUCAGACCCUGCAAACUCUAUCCGGAUCAUCCACCGAUGUAUUAAAUGCCCCAACACCUACGCAGUCAGUUCUAUUUUAGACGAUGUGCGAAAAAAAAGAUUGCGAAAUCUAAUAAUAGGAGAGAAUGAACCGUGACUCGCUAAAUCAAUUUUUACCAAAAAGUUUAGUCAUAAUGAUUUCUUAUCCAAUCAAUCCUUUUUUUCCUAAACCACGACAUUCUUUAACUCGAAUUUUUACAUUAAUUCGAAUUGGGCUAAACUUUAGCAAUUUUGUGUGGCAAGAAAGUCUCAAGCAAUUCACGAAAAAAAAAGAAAACUUUUCGAACAAGAAUGCUUAAAAUGUACAAAAAUUUAUUUUCUUUUGUAAUAAAAUAAAUUGCUAAAUUUU